CCAUCAAUAUCAAUCGCUCAGGUUGCGAUCAUCUGGGCGCACUUCUGAGAAAUCUGUGCAGAUUCAAGUAAGACAAGUGCAAGUGGACGAGGACAGCAAAAUGUGGCGCCUUCAGCUGUUUCUGAUUCUAUCAACCGGCUUCCUCAUACCGUUCGAGGCGAAGCCGACCACGACCUCAACGCCGGCUCCAACCACAGCGUCGUCGGCGGCGACGGCGGCUAGAAGAGCUGAGAAUAUUGGACGACUGGCGGCAAAGGAUCUGGCCGAUCUGCUUAUGGCCAGCAUGCAGGCGCGCGGCAUCAAGCUGUCGGACUCCCAGGAAUCGACGAUCAAGGCCCUGCGCGACAUGGAGGCGACGGAGCUGCAGGGCGGCGCUGUGCUGCUGCAGGUGGGCAUGGACGUGAUCAUCGAUGUGCUGAUUGGCAGCAGUGCGAACGGCAGCUGUGAUCGCGUCAUCAAGGACAUCAAGCGGUCGACGGACAAGAACAGCCUGACGCUCAGUCUGAAAUCCUUCCUGGCCCUCUGCUCCUUCAACGGCAUCGAGUGCUCGCAGAAGCAAGUGGUGCAGAUCAUCAAGAGCACCACAUCAGUCAAGGCCUCCGACCUGCCCAUGCUGGGCAGCCGCAGCACGCGCACAGCCCUCCAGCAGGCGGGCAAGGCGGACAACAUCAAGGGCGACCGCGAAACGAUUGUCAGCUUCCUGCAGCAACGCAGCGUCUCCGAGCUGAGCGCCAUAUUGAGCACCCUGCUCCAAGUGUGCGGCGCCUCCAGCGUCGAGACGCAGCGAAUUGUGCAGAAUCUGGUUGAGAUGGGCCCCAAGGACGAGAGCAAGGACUCGAGCGUGAAUGUGCUGCAGAUCAACGGAUUUAGCACGCUCAUCAUUUCCCUAACCGACAGCUUGACGUCUAUUGCGAAUGGCAACAAGAGCGGCUUCUGUGCGGCCACGCCAGACAGUUGGAUUGUGCGCCUGCUGGAUAUGGGCGUGGCAAAGGUCAUUAUCAUGGGUCUCAUGACGGCCCUCGAUCGCUCGCUGCCCGCCACCUCCAACACGCUGAUACAGCAAUCGGCGAACCUGAUCAAUCCCGAUGUACCCCUGGGCAAGGACUCACCCACCGCCAAGCGUUCCAGCGGCUCUCUGCCUGUCGUUGGCGGCCUGUUGGCCAAUCAAGGAGGCAACUCGAUUACAACUGGUGCCAAGAAUAUUAUCUCAGGAAAUAACAAUUUCUUUGGACAACUUGUCGAUGCCAAUAUUCCCGCCGCUGUGGAUGCCAAUGUCUUGACCAAUACCAUCGGCACGGUGACAGGCUCCGGUGCGGGAGGUGCCGCCAGCCCCGUCAGCUCGGUGCUUGCUUCAGGGCGCUCGCUGUCUCGAAAUAUUGCCAACCAGGGUGGCAACACUAUAACAACUGGUCCCAAAAACGUUGUGACCGGAGAUAACAAUUUCUUUGGACAACUGGUGGAUGCCAACAUCCCUGCGGCUGUGGGUGCCAACAUCUUGACCAAUACUGUUGGUACAGUUACUGGCUCUGGUGCCGGUGGCAGCCCCGUCUCAUCCGUACUUUCCACCGGAAGCUCUAUCCCCCGGAAUAUUGCCAAUCUAGGCGGCAACACGAUAACUUCUGGUCCCAAAAAUAUCGUUAGUGGCAAUAACAAUUUCUUUGGCCAGCUCGUGGGUCUGGAUGUGCCUGCGGCCGUGGACGCCAAUGUGCUGACGAAUAGGGCCGGUACGGUCACAGGUAACCAGGCCCUUACAGGCGGCAGCGCUGCCGCGACCCCACUCUCAGCCGCCUCUUCGGCGAGAUCUGGCAAUAUUGCCAACAAGGGCGGUAAUACCAUCACAAAGGGUCCUAAGAAUGUGGUUAGAGGCGAUGGCAACACGUUCAUCACUGGAGUCGAUGGUGAUAUUGCCGCUGGAGUUGGCGUCAAUUUGCUCAACUCUGUUGUGGGCACGGUCACAGGCGGCUCUGGAGGAGCAGGCGGUGCUGGUGGUGCCGGUGGUGCUGCUGGUGGUGUUGGCGGUCUCUUGGGCGGUGUCACUGGAGCUGGCUCUAGCCCCGCACGCGCUCAAAAUAUUGCCAACAAGGGUGGUAAUACCAUCACAACGGGUCCUAAGAACAUUGUCACCGGCAGCGGCAAUACCAUCAUCAAAGCAGUCGAUGCCGACGUUCUAGCGGGAGUUGAUGCCAAUGUGCUCAACAGUGUUGUGGGCACGGUGACAGGCGGAGGUGCUGGAGGCGCUGGAGGCGCCGGAGGCUCUCCCGGUGCUGGUAGCCCAGCCGCUGGUGGUGUUGGUGGUCUUUUGGGCGGUGUUACCGGCGCUCUGGGCGGUGUCACUGGCGGACUUUUGGGUGGUGUCACCAAAGGCGUCUUGGGUGGUGUCACUGGCGGACUUUUGGGUGGUGUCACUAAAGGCGUCUUGGGUGGUGGUGGAGGCGCUGGCGGUCUGGUGGGCGGUGCUACCGGAGGUCUCUUGGGUGGUGGCGGUGCCGGCGGAUCCUCUGGCGGCGCUGGUGGCCGAAACGUUGCCAACCAAGGCGGAAAUACCAUCACAAAGGGUGCCAAAAAUGUGGUUAGAGGCGAUGGCAACACGUUCAUCACUGGAGUCGAUGGUGACAUUGCCGCUGGAGUUGGAGUCAAUUUGCUCAACUCUGUUGUGGGUACAGUCACAGGCGGUUCAGGGGGCGCUGGUGGUGCUGGAGGUGCUGGCGGUGCUGGAGGCGUGGGCGGUGUUGUCGGAGGUCUUUUGGGUGGCGGCUCGGGCCAAAACAUUGCCAACAAAGGUGGCAACACCAUCACAACGGGCCCUAAGAACGUGAUUACUGGAAGUGGCAAUACGGUGAUCAAGGGAGUGGACCUUGACUUGGUUGCUGGAAUCGGCGCCAAUGUGCUGAACACCGUUGUGGGCACUGUAACUGGCGGCAAUAUACCUCGUGACGACAUCGUCCAGGUGGUGGAUCGAGAUGGUAAUCUGCUCAUGAACAUCUGGGACAAGGACGGUGUGACUGCGACCAAUGUGGCCAAUGACUUUUCCAACACCGUCAACAGGGGCCCCAAGCAAAUUGUGAUGGCUAACGACACGACGAUCUUGAAGCUGGUGAACUUGGAUGCAUCGGCAUUGGCCAAGAUUGAUCUGCUGAACUCCAUCAGAGGCAGCAGCGCUGCCUGCAACGCCAACAAGCUCGACAACGAGCUGAACACUGGACCGGAGAACGUCGUUGAGGGCAAUCGGAAUACCAUUGUCACCCUAUUGAAUCUCAACUUGGAUGCGCUGGUCAAUUUGCAGGCCUUGAAUAGCGUUAUUGGCAGUGUGGGCAACGAUUGUCCAGUGACACCCGAGCCACCCACACCGGCGCCGCCCACUCCGGAGCCACCCACACCGGAGCCGCCAACUCCUCAGCCACCGACUCCGCAGCCACCCACGCCUUAUCCCCCCACACCCUUCCCACCCACUCCCUUCCCACCCACACCCCAGCCUCCCACCCCUAAUCCACCUACCCCCAACCCCAACAACUGUUAUCGCCGCUACUGCCGCAGAUGGCGCUAUCGCCCCAGUUACCUGUGCUACAAAAACUGCGGCGGCUCAUACGUCCACAGCCCCUGAGGCAGCGCAGCCCAAAGGAUUCGCUCCGGGCCAGACGUGAGCUGCUUCGAAAAUGCUAAAAGGCUAAGCGAGGCAGCCGUACAUCCCCCCCAUCCCCCCUCUAUUUAUAUCGCAUAGCAUGCACCUAUUUAUUUAUUUUGCCUACUUUCUAAGUGAACUUGUUUAAUGUGUUUGAUGUAUUAAAAGACAACUGAAUUAUUUAUUACAAAA